GAAGAGUGGCCUUCCUUGCCACAUUUGGCACAGAAAGCCUUGAACUCCACCAACCAAGCUUAUGAAGCUGUUUCUGAGCAAGAGCUUCUGGCAACCAUUGCCAGCAGAGCUGCUUCUUUGACCAAGCUUGGCAAAGAACCUGGUUUUGGAAGCAUAGCUAAGGAAGCUGCUGCAGGCCCUAUUGCAGCUUAUGCUGAAAUCCUGGGGAAGUUUGUCCUUUAUGGAGGAGGGGGUGCUGAUUUCCCAUUGAUGGCAUUUCUGGUAUCAUUUGUGCCAUCCCAGGGAAAGUCAAUCUCUUUGGGAAAAGACUUUUGGUCUGCCAUUACUGAUGCUGAGCUCUCAAAGACCAAUCUUUUCAGCCUGACAAGGCUUGCAAUGGCAGUGACAAAUUUCCUUUCACCAAGAAGCAAGGUUUCUGAUGGCUUUGGGAGACUCCUUUCCAAGAGUGACAUACAGCAGCUGAAGAACAAGAAGUUCAAUGUCAUUUUGGGCGACAUGGAGAAGAUGUUUCAUGCAGCAUGGACCACUGUUGAGAAAGAGUCCAUCAUCAAGCAACAGGCUUUUGGCAGGCUCUUGAUCAGGUCCUUGCUGCACAUCCUGAAAAAAAGCAAGGCAGGCCAUGAGCAAAAAGAGUAUGAAAGCUUGGAAGCUAUCAACCAGAAGUUUGAAGAUGAGCUUGAAGCUGCUGGUUCAUUGAAGCAUGAAGCUGCUGAAGCAAAGGCUGCAAAGGAGCCCUUGCCUUCCUUGAGUGUCAAAGAGGGUAUGGACCCUAUGACCAUUGCAGGCCUGUCAUUGAAGCUCACUGUGGGGAAUACCUUUACUCACAAAGACCACCCUGGCAAGGUAUUCUCCUUGGAGAAAAAGGAAGCAGGUGCAUUGCAAUUGGCAUACCUGGAUCCUAUCUCCAGCAAAAAGGACAUUGUGACCAUUGAGGCUGCAGACAUUCUUGCCAAGUUGAGAUCGACCAAGGCCAAAGCACCUACCAUGAUUCCAGAUGAUGUGCUGGAAGACCUCUUUCCCAGUGCAAAGUUCACUAGUGAGAUGGAGAAGGCCAAAGCUUUUUUGGCUUUGUGGAAUUGCUAUGACAAGAUGGAUUGUGAUUCAAAUCAUAUCCAAGUCCUCCAGGAUGGCAUGAAGCUGAAAGUGUUUGCCAGGAAAGAGUUCAAAGCAAACCAGCUAUGCCUGAUACCCAUCACCACCUCUUGUGCGCACUUGAAUGAGAACAAGCCUUCAAAGACAUGCCCAACCAUCCAGAAUCCUGAGACUAAGCUCACCUUCUACAUCAAUGGGCCUAAGAUUUGGAAGAAGGAUGAAGACAAGAGUGGCUGCGUUGCUCCCUAUUGGCUGCUUUCUGAGCAUGAGGAGGGCCAGAUGGGAAGCAAAAGCUUCAAAUAUGAAGGGCAUGUGGUUUCAGGCUUCACAAAUGUGGCACCCAUCAGUGUUGGCCAAGAGAUCUUCAUCAAAAAACAAGAAGAUCCAAAGGAUGGCUCCAGAGCAAAGAAGGCAAGGAUCAGCAAGUAA